AUGUCAUUGGACUUUCUUUUAGGAGAUGAGGCACAACUACAAACCCAAAAGUCCUUACGAGCGUUAAAGCAACACCUGAAAAAGACCAUAUCAACAGAGUCAUCGCCAGUCUAUCUCACCAUCAAUGUUAAGACCAAGCUUAGUUCACAAAAGGAUUAUAAGCCUCGAGUCGUACCACUUACCCACAAGCUUGAUAAAAUCACCAAUAAGUCCAUAACCUUAAUCACAAAGGACCCCUCACAUAUUUUCCGAGACGCACUUACAAUAAAGGAUGCACCAACAGAAGACUCCUUCAAUCAAAUCAUUUCGCUCAAGAAGCUCAAGUCGUUCUCACAUGCACUGAAGAAUUUGCUUAAACUAUACAAAGAAAACGAUAUAAUAGUAGCCGAUCAUAGGAUUCACAAGUUUUUGCCCGAUCUUCUAGGCUCAACGUUUUAUUUAAAGAAGAAAAAGAUUCCUUAUAUGAUCCAAAUGGCACGCCCUCCUUUGAACGGUGCACAACAAGGCUUACGACGCUCAAAGGAGAAUAAACUAAAGGACGAUCGAUGUGACCCUAAAUACGUCUAUGCCCAAUUACGAUCUAUUGUGGGGAAUACAUCGUACUUACCAACAUUAAAUGCCGGGGAUGUCAUUUCGCUCAAAGUCGGGUAUACUAAUUGGGAUAUUGACAAAUUGGUGACGAAUAUCAACGAUGUCAUUAAUUAUUUGGUUGAUGAAAAAUACAGGCCUGUAGGAGGGAUCUUAAAUUUGGAGCAUUUGGGCAAUAUACAUGUACGGAGCGAUAAUAGUAUUAGCUUGCCCGUGAUGGUCAAAGCCGACGAGGUUCUAAAGGAUGGAAAUGGCGAAGGCGAUGACAGCGAUUUUGAUUUCUGA